UAGACCUGCAAUUAAAAUUUACUGUACUUUCUAAAACUACAGAAGUCAAAAGCAAGGGUUGUUUUGCCAAUUCCCAUAGUUUCAAUGUUUACAAUAUUUAAUACAUCUUCUAAAUGACAGUGUUUUAGAUUCCAGAUUGGUUAAUGGUGAGAUAUCACUUUUUCGCUUAGAUAAUUGCAAUUUUAAAUGUGGGUCUAAUUUGUAACUUUAAAAUGUUGUGGUCUGCUAUUCUAACGGCAACAUUUUAGUCCAUUUAAAAUGUUGUGGUCUAUUUAGCAUUGGCAUCAUAUUGUAACAGCAAAGAAAGUGUUAUAAUGACAAUUGUCUUUAUAAACCGGUAACAAUGCUGAAAUGUCAAAAAAAACGUAUAAAACUAAUAAUUGAUCGUUACUUCGCGGUAAAUCACGGUAGUUGCCAGAUUAUCUGGCAGAUUAAAAGCCGGGCUCCACCGGAGGUUCAGGUAAUAUGAGCGGCCAAUAGCUACAGCUCUAGUGGCUCAGACACUCAGUUUCCUGCCGGCUGCUACUGACAAGGCCGCGUGGUUUAAAUGUGGGACAUCCGAGUGCACACACAGAGCCUUGAUAACGUGAGAGACAGAGGUAGGACAGAUGCAAGAAGAGACCCCCCCUCACUGUCAAACCGUUACUUACACGGCGGAGUUAUGUAUCCAGCUGUCUAAUAAUUACCUAGUUUAACUGAUUGAAGGGCCGGUGGAUUUAAAUGCAUUUGACGAGAAACCAAACAACGUCGUCAGCUAGCGUUAGGUAACAUUACAACAACAACACAAGCUGGCUAGCUAACUGCUAUUGCACAAAUGAAACGACCAACUUAUCCGGUUAUUAAACGCCAUACUAGCAGUGUACAAAUUGAUUGGUCAAUUUGAGGUGAUUCUACAACAUCACACAGAACAAUGAUCCUCCACCACGGAAUUCGGCCACUCAGUCAGUAGCCAACGACACAACUGGCCACGCUGAUUAUGCUAAAGCUAACAUGGCCUCUAAGCAGCACCGGUCUGAGCUGAACAACAGGCAGAGGAGCAGCGGCAUGCUAAUAAAUGCGUUAGCUGGCGAGCUAGCUCCAGUUAUCGAAAUGUGAACAAACGCACCAACACAAAGAAGAGCCCGGGGCAAAAUCUAAACUAUACACACAGUAAUUAUUAACAAUAUUUCCCUCAGUGGCAAUGCAAAUUAUGUUAGAAGAAGAAAGUGAAAAUGGCGGUGAACAGGAGGCCGCCAUUCCCUCUUACCGGAGGUUUCGUCCGCUCCGUCAUGGUUCGAGUUCAGCUCCUUUUUACUCACUUUUGCCGUCGAGGCCGACAUGUUUUCGCAAGCUGGGGUAACUUACACACGUCUGAGAAAACAACUGGUAGCUUUGAAAUCUGGUUUCUCCUUGAACAGGAGAAUUAAAGUUCAGCGUGCAGAAGCCAACAACGUGCUGCUGUCCGCACAAUGUAGCUGCCGAUGAGCGAGGAAGUCACAGCAACCGCCGCUCACGCGCUCCUUUCAAUACGAACGCGCCUCGCCGAAUAGAGAAGAGGCGAGCUCCGCCUCUCAAAUGAUCUCUCCGGUCGCCAUCAGUGCUGUGGAUGCUCAUUUGGCAGAGUUGCAGCACUACAUGCAGAGAGAGACAGAUGCGUUGGUGCUGGCCAAAGAUGUGGUGAAACAGCUGGAGGGAAUCUCCUCGCUGGACCAGAAGGCACUCGCUGAGGCUCAGCUCCGGGUGCAGGACUCUUCCCAGAAGCUGGAUCUUCUUCAGCUGUCUCUUGAGAAAUGCAUGAAGGAAAAGAACCAGAAACCUCUACAGCAGCCUGCAGGGGAGGACGACCCUUCAGAGGGCCCCCUGUCUCCCCAAGACUCCAGACCUGAAUGUCCCCGGACCACCUCGCCAUCUAUCUUCUCUAUCAAACCUGCCUCCUUGACUGGCAAACUUGAAGUAAACCUUCUUGGAUGUGAGGAUUUACUGAAACCUCUGACAAACCCAGAGCAGGGAAACCAUCUGAGUCCAAGUGAUGACGGUUCACCUGCUGCUCACAGGACGGACGGACCCUGUGUGGAGAUCAGCGCGGUGCUCAGGCUGGACACCAGAGUGGUCGGCCGGACACGCUGGGCAGCCGUCAGCAGGCUGACCUGGGAUCAGACGUUCUGCAUCCAGCUGGAGCGGUCUCGAGAGCUGGAGGUCACUGUCUUCUGGCGGGACCGGAGGGCGAUGUGUGCAAUCAAGUCCCUACGACUGGAGGAGAUUAUGGACAACCCGAACCACGACCAGGAGUUACGCCUGGAGCCUCAGGGCCUCCUCUAUGCCAAGCUUCAGUUCAUCGACACUGUUGUUGAGCGGCAGCCGAAACUGAGACGUCAGCGAUGUAUCUUCACUAAAGAGAGAGGGAAGAACUUCCUCCGAGCGGCCCAGAUGAACAUGAAUUUUGCCACGUGGGGUCAUCUGAUGAUGAGCAUCCUCCCUCGCUACAGCUCCUUCACCACAUUCAGCUCGUCCCUCUCCACGACCCCCGACCUGGUGGCCAACAACACCCAACGUCCAACUGAGAAGGAGCCUCAAACCACCACUCCACUGCCAAGCGAACCUCCAGAAAUCCGACUCCGAAUCACUGAGGAUCAGCCGUCUCCCACCAGCCUCGACCAGGGAGGCAACACAGCCAACAUCAUCACCACAGCACACAAAACAUCAUCUGUGCCUGCAUCGCAAGGAAAACUGUCAUCCAUCACAGAAGGAAGUGAAGAUCAGCCUGUAUCUACUCUAAAGAUGCAGAUGGAAGAUUUUAAAUAUAUUUCAGUUCUGGGCAGAGGACACUUUGGAAAGGUCCUGCUGGCACAAUUUAAGAAGACAGGAAAACUGUACGCCAUCAAAGCCUUGAAGAAAAGAGACAUUGUGACUCGUGAUGAAGUGGACAGCCUUAUGAGCGAGAAAAGGAUCUUUGAGAUGGUCAACGCAUCCAGACAUCCGUUCCUGGUGAACCUUCACGGCUGCUUCCAGACCAGCGACCACGUCUGCUUCGUCAUCGAGUAUUUACCAGGCGGCGACCUCAUGAUUCACAUCCACAACGACGUCUUCACCGAGGCACAGACCAGGUUUUAUUCAGCAUGUGUCGUGCUGGGUUUAGAGUUUCUGCAUCUGAAUAAAAUCAUCUAUCGAGAUCUGAAGCUGGACAACCUGUUAAUGGAUGCAGAUGGAUUUGUGAAAAUCACAGACUUUGGACUUUGUAAAGAAGGGAUGGGUCACGGGGAUCAGACCUCGACUUUCUGUGGGACUCCUGAGUUUCUGGCUCCUGAGGUCCUGACAGACGACAACUACACCCGAGCAGUGGACUGGUGGGGGAUGGGCGUCCUCAUCUAUGAGAUGCUCGUAGGAGAGUCUCCGUUCCCCGGUGAGGAUGAGGAGGAGGUGUUUGACAGCAUCGUCAAUGAUGAUGUGCAGUAUCCAGGGUCUCUUCCUCCUGAUGCUGUCUGCAUCAUCCAGAAGUUGUUGAAGAAGAAUCCUCUGAAAAGACUCGGAGCCGGAGAGAGAGACGCAAACGAAAUCAAAGGAGAGAAAUUCUUUGAGACCAUCGACUGGGAAGCCCUCAUGGCCAAGACGGUAAAACCGCCGUUCCUGCCGUCGAUCAAGGAGUCGAUGGAUGUCGGCAACUUUGACAGCGAGUUCACUCGACUCCAGCCAAUCCUGUCGCCUCCAGCCAAGCCCUUCGUCCUCUCUGCUGAGCAGCAGGAAGCCUUCGCCGACUUCGACUUCUGCGCCUUGCAUGGAUGAAAGAAGAGCUGAAGUAACCAGGGUGGGAAAAUUAUUACAUUUAGUUUGCGGCUGGAAUGUUUGGCCACUUUAGAGGACCAAAUGUCAUGAUUUACGUUUAAUCAACUCCCCUAUUGGCAAGUAACAUAAUGAAUUCAUUCAUUCAAAUAAUAAUGUAUUCAUAAAGUGAUUAGCUACUUUAUUUAUAUAUAUUUUUUAAUAAAAACAUUAAAGAUGUAGCUGUUUAGCAGUCGGACUUAGAAGAACAUUGACAGGACUUUUUUAAACUUUAGUAUUUGGUCUAGUGCACUCAUUAAUUAAUAGUCAAAAUAGUCAAAAGUCAAAAGAAUCAGUGACAAAUGUCAUGAUCGAAUAAAGUCCUUUUUCAAAUACAAAUACUAAAGGUUUGCCAAUUACAACCACAAAUGUGACAUAAGUUUUUACUUAUGGACUAUUGUAAGUUGUAAUGGCCAUUAGUCAUCAUAUCUUUUGACAGUUAGACUUAAUUGAUCAAUCAAAGGAAAAAAAAGGCUUCAACAUUUUGGGAGAUAGUAUUAUUUACUUAAUAUCAUACAGAUGAUAUCUGUACAAAAAAAAAGGUUACCUUCAGCAGAGCUUAGCUUAGCACAAAGACUGGAAACAAGGGACAACAGGUGGCCUGGCUCUAUCCAAAGGUAACUAAAUCUGUCGACCAGCCCUGCUAGCUGUUUCCUCAUCUCCAGUCUUCGUGCUAAGCUAAGCUAAUCAACUGCAGGCUGUACAGUAUAGCUUCAUAUCUAUCAUAUAGACAUGAGCGUGGUAGUGCUCUUUUCAUCCAAAUCUCGCCAAGAAAGCAAAUCGGUGUAUUUCACAAAAUGUCAAACUAUUUCAUUAAAAAGAAAAGAAAUUAUUUGUUAGUUAGCCCUAGUUUGUUUCAAAAAGUGAGUUUUGGAAACCAGAAAUCUGACCUCCCAGCCUAAUAAUCAUUUAGCUAUUUGUAUUGCUCAACAAUCCUUAAAGAAAGUCUCCCACCCUGGUCUUCGUAGUACCACUAAAUGAACGAAUACCUUGGAUAUUUCUGCAGCUCAGUCAUUUGCAAACCGGACUCUACAUACGAUCCCGUGGCUGAUUUUUAUGACUGUUCUCACCGCCAUCCAAUCGACAGCCAAUUGUCGAUCAAAUAAAUCAGGCAGCAUCUAUUUGUUUUUGUUUUUAACAGAGCAAAGAAAUUGAUUAUUACCCUUUAUAUUCUCUGUGGAGAGUCAAGCUUUGUUGUGACUGUUCCUGCAGUAAUACAACUCACCUGCUCCUGCUAUAAAGAGUUUAUUUAUGAGAGCUGCUCAGGUGAAAUGUUGUAAAAACAAAUACAGGAUGCUUGAAGAGUUUAUUAUCACAUUAUCACAUCUUUAUUCUUCUUAUAAUUUAAUUUUAAUACUCCAAUAUUGGAUGAUUUGCUAUGUACCAGUCAAAAUACAAAGUAGUACAAACAAAACCUUAAAUUAUAGUAGCCGUACAAUACAUUUAAUACAUACAUACAUACAUAAAAUAUGUAUGUAUAGUUUUGGUGAGCCCUUACAUGCAUCCAGUGUUCCUCCGUUUGACGUCAUAAUUUCAGCCACUUUUCCUCUUGCCACAUUACAUAAUUUUGCUAAUUUUGCACCUGAUACACAAGUAGUUAAGGCAGAGACUGCCUGGACUCUGUAAGAGUCUGUAAGUUGCCUUAUGUUGCCUCAUAAAUGUAUAAAAUUAUGAUUGUCAUACCUCUCUGGAAGUUAACACAUACUGUAAUGCUGACUCAUAUUCACGUGUGUAGCAGUGUUUGUUGCCUAAGUUGCGGGUGCAUCAGUCACAAAUGGGGCAUAAUUAUGUGAUGUGGUAAGAGAACAUGUGUCACGGUUAGAAGAGCAGGCAGCAGGGGAAGAACAGGCAGACUGGUGCAGUUCAGUGAUUUAUUAGGAGAAAGGCUUACAGGCAGAGAGCCAGACGGCAAAACAACAGACGAGACAGUCCUGGUGAUAAAAUGACUCACGGAUCAUAACAUAAUGUCACGUAGGAAAACUACAAUGGCACAAAGAUGAACUAAUAACACUGACUGAAAGACACUUAAUGGAAAAUUAAAAAAAAAAAAACUACAAAAGUUUUAAAUCAAUAGCCUAAUAAUUGUCCAUAAAGUUAAAUCAACACCUCUGAAAGUCUCAUCAAAAAGCAAUUUACUUAUCAGCUUCACCAAAUCAAUUUACUGCAGAGCUAAUUGUCUUGAACUGUAACAUUUCCAUGAUUUUGGUAGAAGUAAUAUGUCAGCUACGAAGUAAAAUGUCAAGCUUUAAGUUUCAAAAAUCCAGGAUUGGUCGGUUUAUAAUAAUAGCCACAACUCCAAAGCUUUUACACUUUCAGCUUGGUUAACCAGCUGUUAGAGCCAGCUCAACUGGCAGCGAGCUGAAGAAGAAGUACUCAGAUCUUUUACUUGAGUCAAAGUAGCAAUACCACAGUGUAUAAAUACUCUGGUACAAAUAAAAGUCCUGCAUUCAAACUCAAAAGUACGAAAGUAAUUGGCAUUAAAAUAUACUUUAAGUACCAAAAGUAAAAGUAAUCAUUAUGCAGAAUGGCCCAUUUUAGAAUAAUACAUGUAAUAUCAUUGGAUUAUAAUUAUUGAUUCAUCCAGGUGUUCUACACUUUAAUGUCGUAGCUGGUAAAGGUGGAGCUCAUUUGAACUACUUUAGCCUAUAUACUGCUGGGCAGCUUGUGAAUCCCCCCCCCCCCACAGAUCAAUUAACCAAUCAAUUAUAAUACAUUGUAAUUUAUUUGUUGAUUAUAUUUUGUAUUGACAAUUUAAAAAGUAAAGUAUAAGUACCUCAAAAUGUAUUUAAGUCCAGUACUGGAGUAAAUGGACUUAGUUAUAUUCUACCACUGCAGUACACAAAUUCACUAUAAAUCUACAGAAUUUUGUUUAAUAAAAGUUCAAACAUUGCCUUUUUUUAAAUAAACAUAUACAUGUAUUUCUUGCCUCUAAUAACCAGUCGUAGCCUCUUCAAGCAUCCUUAGUUUUGGAGAUUGAGCUCGCUUUGUGGCCUUUGCUUAUUUUCAAUAUUUACCCUUCAGAGGUACAGUUCGUGCUGCCGUUUCUAUGCAUCACUGUGACAGGCUUCGCCCACUGCCUUGACCAAACAAAUGAAACAAGCUAACCCAAUUUAUGGUUACAAGUCUUUUUUUAAAUAUGGAAAUGUUCAACGUUUAUGUCAAGUCAUUCCUUUGUAGCAAAGAUGCAUUCACAUGUCCGUCUCCACCUGACUGUUUUCUGUGCGUGUAGAAGUGCAUGGCACCGUGGUGAACUUGUGCACUAGAAAUCCUGUAAAAGCUAGCGAUAUAUUAAAGAGAAGAAAACAUGAUAAGAAACAUCUGUAUUUUGAAUUUAGCAUAUUAUAUUCUGUGAUACUAAAGCUCUAAUGAUGUCAGUGCAAUAAAAGAAGAGAAAGAAGAGGAGCGGCAGGGACGAAGCUUUAAGAUGCAUGCCCUAUUUUUGUUCAAGUGCACCAAAAAAAAAAUCCUGAUAUUUCCAUUCGGCUCAUUUUUUUUUUUAUAUUUUCAAACUCACAGCUGAAUUUAAAAAACAUCAGCACUAAGGGAGAGCUCGCGGAACUACUGGGCACUGUAUCAAAAUUAGCUAGGUGACUUUAAAGAGAAACACUAAAUCCAAUUUUAUGUACAGUCAUUUUAUCAUACUAUUAAUUGAUCGUCCCAGUCUUUAGUGUUCACAGCAGUUCUUUGCCUUUUUUCAUUAUUCUCGACCCCAACUGCUUUGGAGAAGAUUGUCAGCUAAAUCAGUAAAAUGUAACAGGACAAAUAGCCGGUGUUUAUUUAGCUGCUGUAGCACUUUAAGUUUCUCCUGCUGAAUUUUACAUGCUACUUGUGUGUCAGUACUAUAUUUAUGUAUGUAUUUAUGUAUGUAUGUGAAGCAUCCUGACGAGGAAUGUCAGUCUGUACAGAUGUACUCUAUAACAACAUGCAGAUCAUCAGUGUUUUAAUGUACUUUUAUUGUCAAUAAAUACAAACAGAACAAAUACAGUAAAAAAAAAAGGUUUUAAAAUAUUUGCCUCUCAGUGUGAAGAUUAUCUCAUAGUAAUAGUCAAAAUAAUCAUCAAUAUACAAACAGUUACAUUAAACCAAAGGCACGAGACAUAAAUCGCACCAGACGUAAAGGCGAUUAGUGUUCAGAUGUGGAGGUCACCACUCUCACGAGGCAACAACGCAAACAUUUACAGAGAAGAAAGUUGUGACCAGACCUGAGGAAUAAAAUGUGAUUUAAAAAAAAUGCAUUUCUGUUAUUGUGGACUUAUUGCCACAUAACCAUUAGGGGUGGGUCUUGUUACUCAUGUGUACUAAUCCCAGUGAUAUUCAAGACAUACUGCAGGCAGAAAAGAGUCAAGUAUCAAACUGUCAAGAA